GUAAUAAGUAAGAAUAGCUAUAGUGUAUUUAAUCGUUUAAAAAAAUAUACAUAUAAAUUAAGAUUAGUCAGUGUAGAGAAUUUUUGUUAAAUAUAUUUUAUAAGGAAUUAUUUUCUGAAGCCGUUACUAUAUGCCCAGUUCCAAUCAUGAACAACACAGCUCUUAACGAGCUUAUCGAAACCAAAGGCUCCAAAAACAAAACCCAACUAAGAGCUUUUCUAAUAACCUUAUUCAACUCUAAUUAUACGAACUUCGAAAAUGUUAUUGAUAGUGAUGAACUUACCUCGGACGAAUAUAUGCCCACCAUUAUAAAAUUACAAAAUAAAAUCAAGCCGGACAUUACGUUUUCGAGUCAAAGUCUAAGCUCUGCCGAGUGGUUACAUGAGACUAUAACAGAAAUGGGAUUGUGUUAUAGUUUUAAUUCACAGUUGGCUCUCUAUAAUUCUCCACAGAAUAUUUUCAGAUAUUGGAUUAACGCAACACGAAACCUAUUACCGGAACGUAAAAUUUUCGAACUUCAUCCCUUGGACGGUGAAACAUUUGUUAAUAUAGUAAAUAUACCACUCGAUCAUCAUGUCUUCAUUCACGGACCUUACGAAGUAGCAGACAUCCGUAGCAAAUCUCUAUUCAUUGGUCGAUUCUCGUACGUGCAACUUUUCUUGAAGCCACUCAGUAUUAUCACGAGCGAAAAUGCCAAACAAUUGAUGGUGACUCAGAGGAAGUGUCGGUUUUACUAUGAAAAUAACCUGGAACACUUUCCAGUGUACACUUACGUUUUGUGCCGAAUGGAGUGCAGGAUUCGGUUGACUAUGAAGUUGUGCGGGUGCAUCCCACAUUUUUAUAAAAGACUACCUGGUGAAAAAACUUGCAAUGGCAAAGGACUACGUUGCUUAGCGCAGUUUAAAGAACAAUUGAUAUCAUUGGAAGGCUUAGAAAGCGACUGCAAGUGCCCGGUAAACUGCGAAGAAGUCAAUUACGUCGCAGAAGACGUAGACGAGCACGAAUUCCUCUGGGAAUCCAAUUUACAAUAUGGGAUUAGACAUUUUCCGGAAAUGCGACUCAGACGUGAUGUUAUUUUUGGAUUCUCCGAUUUACUUGUUUAUAUUGGAGGAGUCAUGGGACUUUUUCUUGGAUCUAGCGUUCUUACGGUCAUAGAACUUUUGUAUUAUUUCACGUUAAGGCUUUUUUGGAUUGUUGUGAGGAAUAAGAAAAUGUCAUAAAACCAUAUUUAAGUUAUUUCUAGAAAAUUUUUCAUAGUAUAUACACACAUAUUCUUAGAAAAAUAAAAGUGGGUUCAUGUAACAA